AUGGGGGCAUACAGAAGCACUUAUGAGUUCUAUGUGCACCCCACUAGAAGCCAGCAAUACUGGGAGCCAACUGAUUAUGUUAAGCCACUUCCACCCAAGGUGCCAAAGAGGAAAGAUGGAAGACCAAAGAGGAAGAGGAGAAGAGAUGCAACUGAGCAGCAAGUGGCUGAAGGAUCAAGGACAAGGCUGAGAAGAACUUAUCCAGACAUUACAUGCACAAGGUGUGGUUUGACAGGUCACAACUCAAGGGGCUGCCACCGCCAAGGUGUGUCACGUAUGCCCAGGAAUUGGGUUCCACCACCACCUGAGGAGACAGAGAAUGGUGAACAAACUGAGAAUGGUGGGAAAACUGAAAAUGUUGAUGCACAGCCAGGGCUGCAAACUGAAAUUGAUUUGUCUCAAAGUGCACCUAAUGAGAUUGAUGUCUCCCAGCCAAGACAUCCAGUACCUGAGGGAACUUCAAAUGCUCCAGCUGAUCCAAUGCCCACUCCAGCAGCUAGAGGUGGUAGAGCAAGAAGGAGUUCAAGGAGGGGCACAAGAGGUGGUACAGGAAGAAGAGGUGGAAGAGGUGGGAGAUGUGCAAAUCCUGAAGUCAUAAGCCAUCCAACUUCUGAAGCUCCACCUCUACAAAGUCAACCCACUCCAAUUCCCCAUAAGCCUGCAUCAGCUCAUGCCCCAGCCCGUGGACCUGCCCCUAUUGGAUAUGUUAUCUGGCCCAAUGCUCCCACUGGAAUUGUGCAUAGGCCUUCAACAACUGCCAUAAGAGCUCCCACAGGAGGGUAUAGGCCACCCCUUAUUAGAGCUCCAAUGUUUAGGCCUCCACGCCAAUCAAACCCAACUCCUCCCCAAGUCCAGCCAAAUUUCCAAGGUAGGAGGAGUUCACCUCCACCAGGUCCAGGUCCAGUUAAUCAACAGCUCAAUGGAGGCCCUAUGACAUUCAUGCCAACUCCUUCAGUUCCAUGGAGGCCCUAA